AUGGAAGGUGCUGCUGCUGCGGCUGUCGCUGCACAAUCUGUGUGCGUUCCUGAGUUCAAGUUGGUUCUCGUUGGAGAUGGUGGGGUUGGAAAAACGACGCUAGUUCGACGACAUUUAACGGGAGAAUUCGAGAAGAAAUACUUGCCUACUCUUGGUGUUGAGGUCCACCCUCUUUAUUUUCAAACAAAUUUUGGACCAUUAAAGUUCAAUGUUUGGGACACAGCUGGCCAGGAAAAAUUUGGAGGCCUUCGUGACGGCUAUUACAUAAAGGGUGAAUGUGCAAUCAUUAUGUUUGAUGUUACUUCGCGGAUAACGUACAAGAAUGUCCCAAAUUGGCAUCGUGAUGUCACCCGUGUCUGCGACAAUAUCCCUAUUGUUCUUGUUGGAAAUAAAGUUGACGUGAAGGAGCGCCAAGUAAAGGCAAAAAACAUCCAGUUCCAUCGUAAACGCAACCUUCAAUACUAUGAUAUUUCCGCUCGCUCGAAUUACAAUUUCGAGAAGCCCUUCCUUUGGUUAGCCCGUCGCUUGACAAAUCAACCAUCCCUCGGAUUUGUGGGACAACACGCUAAAGCCCCCGAAAUUGAAAUUUCUGCUCAACUUAUUCAAGAAGCAGAGGCUGAACUUCAACAAGCAGCCAACGCAGCGAUUGAUGACGAUGAUGACACGCUAUGA